AUCCCACUGGAUGUGCCAAGCUGCUCCCCAGUUUUUGGGUGGCUCUGGAGCAGGGCUCAGGCUGUCCCACAGCCGGGGGUGCUGCGCUGAGCGCUGGGCAUGGUCCCCACGGCGGGACAGGGACAGAGCUGGCCACAUGGCUGCAUUCCCAGGCAGGAAUCGGAGCGUGCUGCGUCUGGACAACACCAAAAUCGUGAAUUUCUGGAGCGGUUGGGAAGCGGAGUUGGGAAUGAGCUGUGGGUCUGGGUGGGCGAGGAUGGGGCUGGAAUGGGAUUGGGGUGGGGGUGGAGGGCUGGCAAUGCCCGCGGUGCCAGGCCCUGCUCUCGGCACUGCUUUGGGCUUCGCUCAGCCCCUCCAUGGCUGCGGCUGCUCCUCAGCUCCGAUGGCUGCCGGGGAAUUGAGGCCGUCCCCAUCCCGGGACCCCUUUCCUGCCGAGGGGCCCCUGUCUGGGGUGAAGAGGAGGAUGAAGGGGCUCAUCUCAGCCCCUCAAACCCUUCAUUCUCCCGGUGCUGGUCAGUGCUGUGACCCCACAGCCGCAGCAGUGCCCGUGGGGAGCUGGGAGGGUUGGGGGUCAGGGGCACCUCCCACCUCCGCUGCCGUUUUUUUGCACUGGAUUAAUGAGAACCAGAUUGUGCAGCCGGGAAAGCGCCUGGAAGCCAAAUCCUGCUGCUGGAGUCCCUCUCGGUCUGUAGAGCUGCUGGCUUGGGUUGGUUUUGGGGUGGACAUGGGAUGUGGGUUGGGAUUUGGGGAGCCUGAGGUUGGGGAAUUGUCAUGGGGGGUCCGUGCUGAUGGAGCUGGGGAGCUGCUUCCUGAGACCUCCCCAUGGAGCCGUGUGGAGGGGAAGAGCCCUGGGAAUGGCUCGAUGGCGUUACGUGGCGUGGCACGCGCUGGUGGCCCUUGGGAACGGUCACGUCCCUCUCCCAGAUCCCGUGGGGUGCAGAGCUCAGCCAGGGGCUCACCUCCGUCACCGCUCCGGGGUGGAAAGCACGUCUCCCGUGUCCCAGUGGGCCGGGGAAUGGGACGGAUCCAGCCCCAGCAGGGUGAGGAACACAGCACAGGGACGGAGCCAGUAGUUCCCCUCUUUACUGGGGACAGGCAGCCGGGACCCCCCAUUCUCUGCACCCCAACUCUGGGGCUGCCCCUUUGUCCCACACCCCACCCCAGCUCCACUCAACCACCACGAUGGCACCGGGGUGAAAUUCUGCCCCGAACUAUUUUUAGCCGUGCUCCAGCUGGGAAUUAACGGUCCAGGACUGGCGGUUGGGAAAUGCCUCUUGCGCCGGGCCCGGCCCCUUUGUAGCGUCGCUUGUGUCAAAGUUUCCACUGCAAACCUCCAUUUUUCAGGAAUUCUCUAAUCAGCCAAAUGACCGUUGUCUGGAGCUGGGCGCUGGCAGCAGCCCCGGUCCCCCGGCCUUGAGCAAUCCCACCCAGCUGGCUUCCAGCUGCGCCCUUGGAAAACAAACGGAGCCCCUCGCUCUGUCAGAGUGAGAACUGUAGGGAAAGCUCCCUUUCUACUUCCACGAGGAAAUUCAGGCCUGGGGGGCUCGCUCUGUUGGGGUAUUAACACCUCCCCCUCCCCUCUGCAUCUGACAGGUCUC